UUGACCAAAGCUAUCAUGGUGCUGCUACUGUGUUCAGCACAACGUAUGCUUACAAAGUGAAUGCCUAUAUAAACAUUUGCUUGAAACCCUUGUUUUCCUUCUCAUGCCACCUUUUUUUUUCAAUUGAAAUGGAGCAAUUUGCUUGGGGCCUCUUUUGAUCUUUGAAUCUUGAUCAAGAAUCUAGAUAAAGAACUUGAAAUGGAUACAAAUGGGAGUCUACGUGCCAACAACUGGGCAAGGUCUUCAUCGUUAACCUCGGAUUCCAUGUCAUUCCCAAAUUUUGGUCUGCAGAAUAAUCAACCGAAAUGGGAUGAUCCCUCAAAUUCUGAUUAUGGGAUCAGAGCAGAAGUACCUUUCAAAGACUUCAACCAGCCUUCUCAAACUCAGUCUCCACUUCCUUGCAACUCAAACAACGAGAUUGAGAUCCCAAAUCAAGAAAACUGUCAUCUGAAUGAAUCAUCGCAAAACAGUGCACUCCAAGAUUGGGACCCCAAUGUGAUGUUGAAUAACCUGUCUUUCCUGGAAGAAAAGAUUCAUCAGCUCCAGGAUCUAGUGCACUUGAUUGUUCGUCAAAAAGGCAUUGGACAACCUAAUGAACUUGUAACUCAGGAACAGCAGCUUAUCACAACUGAUCUCACAUCAAUCAUUAUUCAGUUGAUCUCUACUGCAGGUAGUCUGCUCCCAUCUGUUAGGCACAACCUUGCAAACACAGCUUCAUUGUUUGGACAGAUUGAUCAGCUUUGUGAGACGACCAUUCCUUCCGGGACUGGUGGAAGUAGCAGCUGUAUUCAGCCAGAAAAUAAUGGUGGAAAGAAAAUGUCUGAUCAGUCCAUGCAAACUGAUCUACCUAAUAACUGUGAAAUGGAGCCAAACUACAAUGUGGUAGAACAAGAACUCAAAGAUGAAGAAGAUGUAGAUGAUGGAGAAAACCUUGCCCCUGGUUCAUAUGAGAUUCUACAAUUAGAGAAAGAAGAAAUCCUUGCUCCUCACACCCAUUUCUGUACAAUUUGUGGGAAGGGGUUCAAGAGAGAUGCAAAUCUGCGAAUGCAUAUGCGUGGCCAUGGCGACGAGUACAAAACCCCAGCAGCUCUUGCAAAACCUCACAAAGAAUCUGGAUCACCAAAGCUUAUCAAGAGGUAUUCCUGUCCCUAUCCUGGCUGCAAGCGCAACAAGGAUCACAAGAAGUUUCAACCUCUGAAGACUAUCCUGUGUGUGAAAAACCAUUACAAAAGGACACACUGUGACAAGAGCUACACAUGCAGCAGAUGCAACACCAAGAAAUUCUCAGUCAUGGCUGAUCUGAAAACUCAUGAAAAGCACUGUGGUAAGGAUAAAUGGUUGUGUUCAUGUGGCACAACAUUUUCUAGGAAAGACAAGCUUUUUGGGCACAUUGCUCUUUUCCAGGGCCAUACUCCAGCCAUUCCCUUGGAUGACGCCAAAGGGGUAGCUGAGCCACCCAAUCAUGACAGCAAAGAAAACAGUAAGGUGGGGAAUGUGCAGUUCAGUUUUGGAUCAAGUCCUUCUUCAAAUGGAAAUGAAGUUGAAAAUGUGAUGGAUGUAAAAGGCAAUUGUGACGAUCCUAUAAGUUUUUUCUCAUCAUUGAACUUUGACAACAGCUUUGGUGGGUUUAAUGAAUUCACUAGACCUCUGUUUGAUGACUCAGAAGGUUCAUUCUCUUUUGUGAUUCCUGGAUCUUUCAAAUCCGACGGAGUAUCCAGCCCUGACAAUCUUUUGUAACAGUGUUAGCAUCUGUGUUUGUCUCUUAAUGUGAGCAACUACAACUCUGGUUUGUAUUAAAUUUGUAAAGCCAGUUUAGUUUCCUAUCCCUUCAAAUUCUUAAGAAAGAUGAUAGAUUUUCUUCAAUAUUUUUAUCUUCUUUCAAAA